AAAAAAUUAUGAGUUCUGAACCCUCAAAGCUUCUUAUGCGAUAGAGUUGCACAUUGUUGGCUAACACGAAGUUUGAAUAUUUUCCAGGAAAAAUCUUUCAUUACUUGCGUUUUUGGUGCAAUCAUGCCAUGCAGAUGCAGUUCACUAGUUAUUCCUACCUCUCCGGCUUCCGGCACGACGGUAGACGUUUUCAAAGAGCACAACGGUCUCCGCCGGUCAAACUCCAACCAAGACCUUUACCGUCGUGCUACUAUGCGGAGGUCUUAUUCGGACAACCAUCUUUGUUACCGCAGCAGUCGUAUCCACGCUGCUGCAACAGAACCAAAACUAAAGAACAGCCGUUCGGGGAUUUUCUCGUUUCAGUUUUCGAGUUCCAUUCUCCCAAACUCGGUGAGAUCAUUCUCGUUUGAUCCGGACACGAGUAAUCAUAGGAGCAUAAAGGCGAAGGACAUGAGUAAGGAGACGUCUGGGGAGAGCGCCAGUGAGGAGGAGAGCAAAAGAGCCAAUUGGGUGGAGAGACUAGUGGAAAUCAGAAGUAAAUGGAGGGAUAGGCAGAAAAAGGACGAUGCGGAUGAAGACAGCGUCUGUGAAGCGGGUGAAAAUGGUGAUUGUGAAUGUGGCAGAGAUGAGGGUGGUUGUGCGGUGGAUUAUACUGCAGAAGACGAUGGGGGAGAAACCAGUCCUGAAAUUUUCCGGAGGUUUUUGGUUCGAGUUCCAUGGUCUGAUACCAAGCUGCUUUCCAAGCUAUCCUUCUUGUGCAACUUGGCCUAUGCGAUGCCACAAAUCAAGGAAAAUUAUAUAAAGAGAUAUUAUGGCCUACGAUUAGUAACAACUUCACUAGAGAAGAAGGCCGAAGAUGAAAUCAAAGCAAAACUAGAUGACGACUCUAAUUGUGUACCUGUAGCUGCCGAAGUAGCUAGUGAAUCCAGUUCGGAGAAAGCUGUAGAAGCUGGGCAGAAGCGUCCAUGCCGUCCUGCUGUUGCUUAUAAUAUUGCUGCCUCAGCUGCAUCUUAUGUGCGGUCACGCAAUCAGGACAGCCUAUCACUUGGGCCCAAAUCGCAGCAGGAGGGUGAUGGCGACAAUUCACGAGAGGAAGGAGGGUACUCACCUCGAAGCUAUAAGCCAGAGGUGGCAGUUUCCAUGGCAGCGUCAACAAUGACAGCAGUGGUUGCAGCAGGGGAAAAGGAGAAACAAGAAACAGCAAAGGACCUUCGGUCACUCCAGUCCUCACCUUGUGAAUGGUUUGUCUGUGAUGAUGCCAGUACGUAUACUCGAUGUUUCGUGAUUCAGGGUUCCGACUCCCUUGCAUCCUGGCAGGCAAACCUGUUCUUCGAACCUACCAAAUUCGAGGGGACAGCUGUGCUUGUUCACAGAGGAAUCUACGAAGCAGCGAAGGGAAUGUACGAGCGAUUUAUUCCAGAAAUAACUGAACACUUGAAUAGACACGGUGAGCGAGCGAAGCUUCAGUUUACAGGCCACUCUCUUGGAGGAAGCCUUUCUCUCUUGGUCCACUUGAUGCUGCUGAGUAGGAAGUGUGUAAAACCCUCUACUCUUCGGCCAGUUGUCACAUUUGGCUCGCCAUUUGUGUUCUGUGGAGGCCAGAAAGUACUCGACAGACUGGGAGUGGACGAGGGUCAAAUCCAUUCCGUGAUGAUGCAUAGAGAUAUCGUCCCUAGAGCCUUCUCCUGCAACUACCCUAACUAUGUGGCCACACUUCUCAAGCGUUUAAAUUCAUUUCGGUCACACCCUUGUCUAAUAAAAAAUAAAAUAUUAUAUUCUCCGAUGGGCAAACUAAUCAUUCUCCAACCUGAUGAGAAUGAAUCUCCUCCACACCCUCUACUUCCUCCGGGGAGUGCCCUCUAUGCUUUGGACAAGACCCAACGUGGAUUCUCUUCAAGUGUCCUUACGACUUUCUUGAACUCUCCCCAUCCACUAGAAACCCUAAGUGAUCCUACAGCUUAUGGUUCAGACGGUACAAUUCUACGAGACCAUGACUCAAGCAACUAUCUAAAGGCUGUGAAUCAAGUCCUAAGGAAAUACACAAGGACAGCUGUUCGGAAAGUGAGAAAAGAAAGGAAUCUAUUGUGGCCGCUACUUACUUCACCAUCUCCACACUCCUGGAACCAUGAAAGUAAUCUGGAGAGCAGCGGGUUGGUAACCAAGGAGAUACUCACAGGAGUUUAAAAUCAUUGUUUUGUGUGUGGGGGUUUCGACAUGCAUAUAGAGGAUGUUCAUAAGAAAAUAAGUAGAGGACUUAGUUCGUUCUCUCUGUUUCGUGUACAUCUCUUACAUCCUAACCGUCUCUGUAUCUAUGAACUCAUCCUUGACUCACCCUGAAUAAAAUGUAAAUUUUCCAGUCCCUGUGAAGAGUCAUUUAAAAGGGUACUACAACUGGGAGUACAGAAUUGUAAUUUUCUUUAAUACUAAACAAGGAGGAGUAAG